UUCUACGUAGUUAUGAUAAUUGACCGCUCUUUUCAAGAAAUCAUUCACUUGCAAAAUGGCUUUAGCAAGGACCAUUCGUUCGCAACUAUUAGAAAGCGAUUUAUUUGAUUUCAACAUAAAAUAUCUUACUUAUGUGGGUUUAUGGCCAAAAGAUGAUUGGUCUCAAGAUAAACUGCGCCUUUAUAAAGUUUAUGAAGUUUUUCUUUUUAUUUUAUCCCUAACGUUUAUAAUAAUCACCGGUAUUGGCACUUAUGAACAAAAACACAAUAUAACAAUGUUGAUGACGAAUCUGGAUAAAGCUCUAGUGUCCUACAACUUUGUAGCGAAAAUAAUGCUAUUUACUUUAAAAAAGAAGCAGCUUAACAUUCUUAUAAGUGAAAUUAAGCUUUCUGGAGACAAAAUUGUAGAUGAACGAAAGAACUUGAUGGCUAUACACGUAGUUAUAAUAACUAUCUUUUCAACGCUCGUAGUGUUUGCUUUUAGUUUAUUGAGUCAGUAUAAGGGAGAGAUGACUGUAGAAGCAUGGAUGCCGUUUGACCCUAUGAAGUCUAGAAUGAAUUUGUUGCUAGCAGCUCAACUACUGGCCUUUUGCUUUGUUGUUCCAGUUUUAUAUAGAGCUUUUGCGAUACAAGGAAUUGUGUGUGGCAUUAUCAUGUAUUUUUGUGACCAGUUGAUAGAAGUGCAACAAAGAUUAAAAGGUUUAGAUUAUUCAGAAGAAAGAGAUGGGGAGAUUAGAGAAGAACUCAAAAAUAUUGUUAAAAAGCAUGUUCGAAUCAUGAGAUUUUCCAGAACACUAACCAACAUCUUCAAGGAGUACUUUCUGAUUCAAAAUCUGGCAGUUACUAUUGAAUUAUGCUUGAACGCGUUGAUGGUUGCAGUAGUUGGCUUAGAAGAAAAAACACUUUUGGCUACAUUUUUGGGAUACCUCGGACUGGCCCUGAUCAACGCAUAUAUUUACUGUUAUUUAGGAAAUGAAUUAAUUGUGCAAAGUACAGGAAUAGCUCAGGCAGCAUACGAAUCUGGUUGGACAUCCUGGCCGAUCGAUAUGCAGAAGGAUCUUCUCAUUGUCAUCAAUGUAGCCCAAAAGCCGCUCACUUUGAGUGCUGGAGGGAUGGCGCUCAUGUGCAUUGAAACUUACAGUCAGGCGCUCUACAAUGCAUACUCCAUAUUUGCUGUCUUGAACGAUAUGGUGGACUAGAAACGAAGAGAGUAGCUCAUUGGAAG